AUGGAAGCAAGAAACAUGAACAAUGUUCGUGAAAUAUUUCAAGUUGGUAUUUGUUAUUGCAUCUACUUAUUCGCAGGAGCUCAUAAUAAAGCAGGGGAGAAAUUGUUACAUGGGAUUUUGUCACUUGACCGUAUAGUCAUCUCUAGUUGUAGAUCACCUGAUGUUGACCCGAAUGUGAAGAUAUUCAAGGAUCGAAUGUCAAUCUUUCGGAUCCCACAUGG